GGGCCCACGAUGACCACUACCACCUUCUUGCGACUCUCUCAGGCCCUAUAGGCAGCAGCAGCAGCAGCUGCUGCAGCAGCAGCAGCAGCAAGGAAGAAAACGCUAUUGUUCAACAGCAGCCGCUGCUGCCGCCGCCACCGUCUCUAGAUGAGGUUUUGAAGCCGCUGCAGCAGCGCAUAAGGCAGCAGCAGCACCAGCAGCAGCAGCAGCAGCAGCAGCAACAGCAGCAGCAGCCGCAGCAGCAGCAGCAGAAACAGCUAGCUUUGCCUCCAGUCGUUGCUGUUUUGAGGCGGCACGUGCUAGACCCUCCCGUAUCAGAGCAGGAGCUGCUGCAGGAAGUUCUGUCCUUGCCGCAGCAGCAGCCGCAGCAGCAGCAGUCGCAGAAGCAGCAGCAGCAGCAGGAGGAGAGCCAAGGGCUUCGACAGCAGCCACAGCCGCAGCAGCAACAGCCGCAGCAGCAACAGCAGCAGGAGCCGCAGCGCAGUCAGCUGCAAGACUUGCAGAGUUCUGCUUUGCAAGCGGCUGUGCCGGAGCAGGAAUACCUUCUGGAUUUUUUGCUGCAGAGCCAGCAGCCACAGCAGCAGCAGCAGCAGCAGCAGUCCGAGCAGCAGCCGCAGCACCACCAAGAGCCACUGCAGCAGCAGCAGCAGCAGCAGCAGGAGCAGCAAAACGCGUACCUGCCGCUGCCGCUGCUGACGAAUGACCGAUUUAGAGACCACCGAUUGGCCUCGCAGCUGCGGCUGCCUUUCCUUCACUGGCGGCAGCUGUCUUUGCUGCCUUUUGCUUUCCAGCAGCAGCAGCAGCAGCGGCAGCAGCAGCAGCGGCAGCAGCAGCAGCAGCAGCAGCAUGCAGUGGGACACGCAGCGGAGGCUAGCGGCAGAGAAAAGUGGAGGAGACCGGACACUGCUUUCUUUGGGACCGAUCUGCAGCUGCAGCACGAGCAGCAGCAGCAGCAAGAACCACUUCAGGGACCCCGAUAUCAUGGGCGGAAACUGCAGCAGCAGCAGCAGCAGCAGGGCAGUCUGCAGCAGCAGAGGCACGCGAGCAGGGACAUUCACUUACACAAGGAUGGCCACGUCUACGAGGGGGUAAGCCAGCUGCAGAAGCUGCAGCAGCUGCAACAGCAGCAGCUGCAGCAGCAGCAAGUGCAACAGCAGCAGCAAGUCCAGCAGCACAAGCAGGAGCAGCAGCCACAGCCGCAGCAGCAGCACCGAAUAGGGGAUUCCAAGGAGGCUGCUGAGCUUCAGCAGCAACGAGAACGGGGUUUCUUUGCUGCAGCUCCUUUUGCUGCUCCUGAGCAGCAACAGCAGCAGCAGGUGGGUGAAGCUGACUGGCCCUGGAUGAGGCGCGCCAAGCAGCAGCAGCAGCAGCAGCAACAGCAGCAGGAGUGGCAGAGGGGCAGCAGAAUGCUGCAAAAUAUAUUUGCCCCUCCUGGAGCCCCUGUGCUGUUUGUCGGGGAGCGGCGGCUAGUGACAGCACGCGUGCAGCAGCAGCAGCAGCAGCCACAGCAGCAGCCACAACAGCAGCAGCUACAGCAGCAGCAGCCACAGCAGCAGCAGCCACAGCAGCAGCAGCAGCAGCAGCAGCAGCAGCCACAGCAGCAGCAGCAGCAGGAACCCCAGCAGCCACAGCAGCAGCAGCAGGAACCCCAGCAGCCACAGCAGCAGCAGCAGGAACCCCAGCAGCCACAGCAGCAGCACCGACAGCCGCAGCAGCCACAACAACUACAGCUUCAGGAGCAGCAGCCACAGCAGCUACCGCCGCAGCAGCAGCAGCAACCACAGCAGCAGCAGCUACGUGAGAUCUGGCAUGUCCCUGUUGAGCGCUCCAACAAGGAAGCUGCAGCAGCAACAGCAGCAGCAGCAGCAGCAGCUGAGCGCGGCUGCGAGUCGCAGUUGAGCUCGUUCUUGCAGCGGCAGCAGGAGCACGGACAGGCAGCAGCAGCAGCAGCAGCAGCAGGGUCCUGGAAGCUGCCGCCGCUGCAGCUGCUAAAAGCUGUUGAUAAUCCCUCAGCGUGGCAGCAGCAAGAAGCUCUUGAGGGCGACAGGCUGUGGCUGGGCGUAGACACAAUGCCCCUGCUAGCCAGGAUUGCAGCAGCAAAGCAGCGAAUGCAGCAGCUGCAGCAGCAGCAGCAACAGCUGCAGCAGCAGCUGCUGCAGCUGCAGCAGCAGCAGCUGCAGCAGCAGCAGCUGCAGCAGCAGCAGCAGCGGAAGGACAACGCUGAGAGGGAGGCUGCGGGGCAAGAGGCAGCGACCCACUGCACAUACAACUGCAGCUGA